AUGGAGCAGGCAGCCAAAAUCUUCAAGGAUGUGUUCGGCGAUGCAUCUGCAGAGUAUCGAGACCUCAUCGAGCACCUGGCCAGAUCCUACCACCACGGAAGCCCGGAUGAGUGGAGACGCCAUGCAGAGGCAAUCCGAGCUUCUUUGGGCAAGGACGCGGCCGGAAAUUUCGACGUGAAGACAUCAUCCGCAGAUGGGAUGGAACAUCUGGAAUCCACCCAGACAGUGGAGAAUGACGGCAAAGGAACUACUAGAAAGACCGUCACGACGAGACAUACGCACACCUCGCAUCAGCAGCCCGGGGCCGGGCCACUGCCCCUGGACGUUCACGGCCAGGCUGCAGAAUUUGGAGCCAUGGCGUCCCACUUGGCAGCACACGAGGCUGCUGUAAAGGCCGCUAACAAAGCUGCCUUUGACAGCUUGCCCAAGCACGGCGAGUUCUGCGAAAAAAAAAAGCUGCCGCAGCCAGAGGCUGGGUGGGGUGACGGCAACGUUGCCGACUUCUUUUUGAACGGUCGCAAAAUUGACAUCCGUGGGGAGGCCGGCCGACGUGGCCUUAACGUGGUGACCAUCGACCCAGACACUCAGCAGGUCAUGUCUCGCAAGACAUACGAUGUCUGGGCGGAUCCGCAGACAGAGAACACUCGCCUUGCCGCUGACAUCAACAGCUUGCCGGAUGGCCGCGUGAUCCUGGUUGCAUGCAAGGACUCAGGCAUGGAAAAUCUCGAUGCCCGAGCAAUCUCGGCACUUUGGAGUGCCGGCGCUUCUGUGCCUGGUGGCAAAGAGAGGGAGGGCUACGCUCUGAUCGGGAUCAAGGGAAGCGAAGCGCUUGCGGAGCAGCAAGGUGGUCGAGUCGAGAUAGAGGGCCAGUUGCCUUUCUUUGUGCGACACCCUCCUCCUCUUCCGCCGAGCUCACCAUCGCCGCCGCCGAUGCCUGCGGCGGCCCAGCCUCAGCAGUUUAGCCCUCCGACCUGGGCCAAGGAGCCCGCAGCUCCUAAGCCGCCCAGCACCUUCCCAACCGCCCCUCCCACAGCAGAGCCUGCGCAGAAGGUGCGUGUACCGAAGCUGCAGGUAGAUCCCCAGGGAGGGGUGACGUACCAAGAUGAGAUGGUCGAACGGGACGGCAAGCCCGAAGAACAGGGCCAAAGUUGGCAGGAGGUCGUGCUCAUGUUAGACAAGCUGCAAGCAAAGAUAAAGGCGAAGCGACUCGCAGGUGCCUGA